AUGCGUAAGGCCGCGUCCACACGUUUGGACUCAUUUCCGCCCCUGCUUCCCCUCCUUUCCCCCCACGCAUCCCCUCAUUUCCGCCCCUGCUUCCCCUCAUUUCCGCCCCUGCUUCCCCUCAUUUCCGCCCCUGCUUCCCCUCCUUUCCCCCCACGCAUCCCCUCAUUUCCGCCCCUGCUUCCCCUCAUUUCCGCCCCUGCUUCCCCUCCUUUCCCCCCACGCAUCCCCUCAUUUCCGCCCCUGCUUCCCCUCAUUUCCGCCCCUGCUUCCCCUCCUUUCCCCCCACGCAUCCCCUCAUUUCCGUCCUUGCAUCCCCUCAUUUCCGUCCCUGCAUCCCCUCAUUUCCGCCCCUGCUUCCCCUCCUUUCCCCCCACGCAUCCCCUCAUUUCCGCCCCUGCUUCCCCUCCUUUCCCCCCACGCAUCCCCUCAUUUCCGCCCCUGCUUCCCCUCAUUUCCGUCCCUGCCUCCCCUCCUUUCCCCCCUUGCUUCCCCUCCUUUCCCCCACUUCUUCCCCUCCUUUCCCCCACUGCUUCCCCUCCUUUCCCCCACUGCUUCCCCUCCUUUCCCCCACUGCUUCCCCUCCUUUCCCCCACUGCUUCCCCUCCUUUCCCCCACUGCUUCCCCUCCUUUCCCCCACUGCUUCCCCUCCUUUCCCCCACUGCUUCCCCUCCUUUCCCCCACUGCUUCCCCUCCUUUCCCCCACUGCUUCCCCUCCUUUCCCCCACUGCUUCCCCUCCUUUCCCCCACUGCUUCCCCUCCUUUCCCCCACUGCUUCCCCUCCUUUCCCCCACUGCUUCCCCUCCUUUCCCCCACUGCUUCCCCUCCUUUCCCCCACUGCUUCCCCUCCUUUCCCCCACUGCUUCCCCUCCUUUCCUCCACUUCUCUGCCUCGCCUUUCACCCCCGUGCUUCCCCUCCUUUCCCCCACUGCUUCCCCUCCUUUCCUCCACUUCUCUGCCUCGCCUUUCCCCCCCGUGCUUCCCCUCCUUUCCCCCACUGCUUACCCUCCUUUCCUCCACUUCUCUGCCUCGCCUUUCACCCCCGUGCUUCCCCUCCUUUCCCCCACUGCUUCCCCUCCUUUCCUCCACUUCUCUGCCUCGCCUUUCACCCCCGUGCUUCCCCUCCUUUCCCCCACUGCUUCCCCUCCUUUCCUCCACUUCUCUGCCUCGCCUUUCCCCCCCGUGCUUCCCCUCCUUUCCCCCACUGCUUCCCCUCCUUUCCUCCACUUCUCUGCCUCGCCUUUCCCCCCCGUGCUUCCCCUCCUUUCCCCCACUGCUUCCCCUCCUUUCCUCCACUUCUCUGCCUCGCCUUUCACCCCCGUGCUUCCCCUCCUUUCCCCCACUGCUUCCCCUCCUUUCCUCCACUUCUCUGCCUCGCCUUUCACCCCCGUGCUUCCCCUCCUUUCCCCCACUGCUUCCCCUCCUUUCCUCCACUUCUCUGCCUCGCCUUUCCCCCCCGUGCUUCCCCUCCUUUCCCCCACUGCUUCCCCUCCUUUCCUCCACUUCUCUGCCUCGCCUUUCCCCCCCGUGCUUCCCCUCCUUUCCCCCACUGCUUCCCCUCCUUUCCUCCACUUCUCUGCCUUGCCUUUCCCCCCCGUGCUUCCCCUCCUUUCCCCCACUGCUUCCCCUCCUUUCCUCCACUUCUCUGCCUCGCCUUUCCCCCCCGUGCUUCCCCUCCUUUCCCCCACUGCUUCCCCUCCUUUCCUCCACUUCUCUGCCUCGCCUUUCCCCCCCGUACUUCCCCUGCUUUCCCCCGCUGAUUCCCCUCCUUUCUUCUCCUCAUCCCUCGUCACCCCAUCCUUUCUUCUCCUCAUCCCUCACCCCAUCCUUUCCUCUCCGCAUCCCUUCUCACCCCAUCCUUUCUUCUCCUCAUCCCUCACCCCAUCCUUUCUUCUCCUCAUCCCUCACCCCAUCCUUUCUUCUCCUCAUCCCUCCUCACCCCGUCCUUUCUUCUCCGCAUCCCUUCUCACCCCAUCCUUUCUUCUCCUCAUCCCUCACCCAACUGGUUAUUGA